CGAACCUUCAUUUGUUUCACUGAAUCACAGAAGAUGAUAGGUCUUCCAACUAAAGAUAUCAAUAAUGGUGAUAUUGCUAUUUUAAGCGGUUGGGGUCUAACAACAUAUCCAUAUUCCGGCAGUUCUGAUCAUCUGCAAAAAAUUUCAAUUCCCAUUUUAAAACAUUAUGAAUGUUCAAGAUAUUAUCCAUUUUCGAUUGAGAAAGAGCAAUUUUGUACAUAUAAUGAAAGAGGAAUUGGUGCAUGCCAUGGUGAUAGUGGAAGCCCAUUGGUCCAUAAUGAAGUGCUUGUGGGUAUUUCUUCGUUUAUUAUUCCAUGCGCUCAAGAAGAAUAAAAUAUUACACAAGUUACCUUUUAAUUGGAAGUUAAAUAUGAAAUUCAACGCAUCAAUUAUAUUAAUAUUAAUCUUAUAUGUCUUGUUUGUUGAAGGAACAAGAACUGCUGAUGAACCUAAUCGGAUAAAGAGAUGUUUAAAAAAAAGUUUGCCCAG